CGAGAUCAACCAGUCCAGCUGUCAAGAAAUCUUUAUUCGGUUACUUCCUCGUUCUAGCUGGCUGCAAAAGAUCGGUAGUAGGAAAAUGUCCUCCAAAAAGAGAUCGCAUGGAAGAUCAAAUACCAACCGGAGUGUCAGACGAACUGCAGACACAGAUCCAGUGUUCUUGGAAUUGCAAGCCAUUAUCGGGCAUCCGGCAAAGCUAACUCCAGCCGUGCAAAAGAGGAUCUCAUAUGAUGAAUUAGUUGACGUUUUGGACAAGUCUCUUGGCGAGAGGCUUGUAACAGCUUGGGCAACAGAGGGCUCGACGUCUGUUUACACCCCGACUUUCAAAGACAUGACUUUUCAUUUGAGCUGCUUGAUCCGAAUCAUGUCAGAGGUGGCUGUUUGUCGCCAGUCUGGCGUCAAGAUCAUCCGAUUGCUAUUAGAAAAUCAUAGCAAGAUUAUCUAUCGAUCUCUUUACACCGAACAGACGACGCCAGUCAACGACAUUCUCGAGCUGUUGAUCCAAUUUGCUAAAUUUCACCGCGGAGCUUAUGCUGAUGAGGUCUACACAGCCUUUGAUUUCUCUUCACUGAUCUACUCAAAACUACUCGCUUCAUUGAAGAUUCGAAAUGAAGAAGACGAACAACGAGCAACGAGUCAGCAUUAUACCAGUGACGGAUCCGUGCGCUAUCAUUUGAUCAGUUUUCUGUUAGUUUUGCUCCAUUACUGCUCUCCUAGCCAUAAAUGUGAGCUUCUGGGACAUAGACAGAUUCUUCUAUCGUGGAUGAACAACGCUUCUAUUGAUAGCUCUGAGCAACUUGUCGAAACAGCAAAGACUUUGAGUGGUAUUGCAUUCAGUGAAGAUAUCCCAAAAAGAACUAAAACUGUUUUGUUUACAGAAUGGCUAUUGACCAAGCUAUUGUCGAUAUUUCGUGUUCUAAAGAUCCGAAAUAGCAGGCAAUGGACAAAGUUUGAGGCGGAUUUCGGGUUAUUUGUUCAAAUAUGCACAGAUCCAAAAUGUGGUGUCAUAUUCCAGGAUAAAGGCUGGUAUCCUCCCGGAACUCUUGAUUCGCACAAGUCCCGUAAAGCUUUUCAGUCAUUUAAUCGGGUUUUGGUUGCUUUGAGCAAAGUUCUGAAUAUUGCUGAUCCCGACGAAUCGUUGCUGUUGAACGCCAUCUUCAGAGCGUGUCCUGAAACGGUGGCUCUAUAUACCACGUCGGCGACUCUGCGAGUAGAUCCGACGAAAAGACUUGAUUUUCUGCGGAAGUUCAGCUUUUUCGCCGCUGUCAUUGCAUUGCCUCUUCCAUCGAUGCUGAAGGAUCGAACACUAAAUAUCUCAGUUCCGCCACCCGUUAGUGUGGUUAUAGAGAAUAUUAUUCCUUCACCUCUGAAUAGAUCACUUUUUGAUCUUUUGCUGCAAGCAAAUCCAAUUUCUCAGUAUUUCACCAUUAAUUUGCUUGCCCAAUCCUUGCAGAAACUUCAAUCUGUGUCUACACUAUUGGCGAGUCGAGGAUGGGAAGUAGCGCAAAAAUCGCUGCUGGAAGAGGCUUUCCACAGACUCCCCGAGAUCUCAAGUUACUCUUCUGUUGCUCUCAAAAAUCUCCCGCCGAGCUCGGGAUUUGCGCUGUCAAAACUAUUGAGGCUGUAUGUCACAAUAUUCAAUGAUAUUGUGAAGAGCGCCAAAAUAGAUCUUUCCCAACUUCUGGUCCGAUUUUUAGAGGAUGAAGAACAGCGGCCGGAAAAUGGGCUGUCCUUUGGAUCGGACAAAGGUCUCGAGCUCCGCAACGUUUUACGUGUACAAAGUAUACUUCCUGUGCAGCAGAAAUUUUGGAACAAGUCUGAUGGCUUGAAAUUAUCCUAUUUUACGUACAUGCUCAAACUCGCUACAUAUAUCGACGACUCCCGUGUUUCGGAGGAUGUUACAGAUUCUUUGCACCACAUCUCUGCACACACCUACUUAUUUGGCAAAAAUUUUGACGUGCCCGUUAUUGUUCCUUUUGUUCAAUGUCUCAGAUCUAUCUCAAGAGCAUGCAGCGAGCAGGAUUUGGACCUGCUGUGGAAUGUCAUGGAUGAGGCUGCUGCCCGCUGCCUUCGUUCACCAUUCAAAUAUAUCGACCGAAUUGGCAGCGCCGACUUAACUGAGUACGAAGUCGAAAACACAAAGCAAUGGAGCCCUUUCCUGGUUGCUCUUACGGAACAAUGGGUCUAUAUGUCGUCAUCAGCCGAAAGAAAAAAUCAGGUCUCGGACGGGCUUCUGUACUGUUUAUUGCGAAUAUUUACACAGUGUGCUAUUUCCGGUGAUGGGUGGUGUCCUGUGUAUUACUUCAUCUCUGAAUCCAAAAAUCUGGAUAGCAAGUACAAGUCCAUUCUGCGCAAACUUCAGAAAUUGGCGCGCGAUCCUGCUAGAGGUCGCAGAAUGGAUAAAGAUGUUUGGGCAGCGCUGUUUGCUAAGUUUAAGAUCGACUCAGCACUAAAUAGCUAUGGGGAUAACGUCGAUUUCACACGUGCUCUAAUGAGUGCAGAAAGCCUAAACGCUUUUCAGACAGCGGUGGACGAAAUGAAACGUCCUAUCAACGUCUUGGAUAUCUAUUCUAUUCGUGCUUCAUUCGGUAAUGAGAUGUGCUCCGACGACUUGGAUUAUCUUACUGCCAUCAUGAAGAAGCUGGAAGCUAGCUCACUCUCUUUAAACUGGAUGAUGGCGGUCAUGAAGCAGAAAAACUUAUGGAGUCCUCUGUUGUGGAGUCCCACCAAUUCUGAAAGACAAAUUGUGGAAUUUUGUUCCUGGUUUUUCAGAGUAGUCCGUCGAUUGGUCGGUCCAAUUACUUCUGAUUCCACGGACAAACUCGGAUUUAUAUACGAAUAUAUUCUCAACAGCUUUGAUUUAUGGCGGCAAGACUUGAAGAUGGCUACGACUCUCGCAGAAAGUCUUAAACUUUUGCCUGAAGAGGUUGUUAGCAAAUUGAUUGUUGAGGCCACACAGGAUUCGAAAGCAAUCGAUCCUCAAGUUAUUUGUGCUCUCGUCGAGUCCGAGGAUUCUCUAGAAAUGCUAUCAGACGAGCACGGGAAGGUUGUUCAACUCCUGAUUAGGGCAGCGCUCAAGUCAGGAGAUAGCAGUGUGGUGAACGUGGCAUUGAAGUUUGCUAACUCACCAUUCUUCGAUGUGACUGAUAUCGAUUUUCCUGUGGUUGAGGAAAUUUUCAGUCAAGACAGAAAAGGCUCUUACUCACUUGUCUGUCGACUCUUCGAAAAUUCGGCUACUAUGAGAUCCUGUAUAUUACAGCAGCAUCUGGAAGCCAUAUCUGCGCUAGAUCUUGAAGACAUGAUUCCGUUUGCCGAUACGAUCACUGCAUUCCUGGUUGAUUGUGACGAUGAUUCAAAGCUUUUUGUCAUCAAGUCUUCGUCAAGUCUCUCCGUUGAUAUUUCAGAUCUUCUUCUUCAAGUUUCCAAGACUGCUACACAAAAACGCGUUGAACUGAAUCUGCAGCUAUACUUGCGUUCACUGGUUCUCUUGACGUCUGAGGAUGCUAUAACCAGCUUAUAUAAUGCUAUCGACUCUAGUAUACCGCAGACGGUCUCGAUUAAUAGAUUGGCUCUUGCGCACUCGGUGCUAAGUUCUCGCCAAGCACCCGAGAAUCUCAGAUCAAGCGCUGCACAGUUUAUCAAGUCAGCUCUGCAAACGAUUACGAGGUAUUUGUCUGAAACUGCUCAACUGGAAGAGAGCCAGAAGACGAUCAUCAGGCGCAUUGGGAUCACAGUUGAAAGAUUUUCAAGUAUCUUGGGACUAGGGAAAGCGGUCAACGCUCCUAUCGAAGCUGCCAUCCAGAGAUGGUUCGAUGAUGAGACUAUAGUCCUCUUUGUUCUCAAUCUAAUGAUUGGGUCAUCUCAUCAGUAUCUCGAGUAUCGAAAAUUUUUCCAGAUGAUUUUAGCCCAACACGCGAGUGAAGUUGGACUAGGGAGAGAAUCACAGCUCCUGAAUGGGAUCGUGUGCACAUUGCAUCACCUAUACUUUCUGAAUCCGAAAGAGCAAUCGAAGGCAUCUUUGACGGCUACCAAGCUGAUUCAGUAUUACUCCGGCACCUGCAAAGCCUCAGAUAGACUGCUUCUUGAAGUCUUACAUUCUCUCGACGCUUCCUCAAAUAUCAGUACCGAUUUGAAGAUUGACACAUUCUCUUUCUCUCACGAGGACGCUGUUUUUUAUGUUGUGGCACCUGGGCAUUGCGAGCUCUCUUUUUCGCCUAAAAUAUUCAGGAGCAGUUUACGACUUCUUUCGGGUACCGAAAAGGACAGCUAUAAUUCUGAGAAGCUUCGGAGCAGCAAUGAAUACAUGGAAUUCGCUUCGGCAAAGGAAACCGAAAAGGUCGACAGUUCACAUUUGAUGUAUGAUCCUCUAUUCGUUCUGCCUGCUGUAGCAGAUAUGAUAUCACGCAAACUGGUAGAUGUCAAUUCUUUGGUCAGCAAUCAUUGCCUCAGCUACGUCAUUAUAUGUCUGGGAAUCGAAGGACCAAUCGCGGCUAUGGCUCGUAAGAUUUUGAUCCUGGUCAUAUCAUUGAUUGAUGAAACAAACUACAAAGAAAGAGACGUUUUACGAACAAUGCUGUAUAGCCUCCAUUUCGCGGUGGCUGAUAAUGCGCUUUCUCCCAAACCAAGAUUCACAAUAAUUUUGACAGCUUUGGCGCAUCUGGUCCCAGUACUUUCGAACGCCGGGCAUUAUCUGUUCGACUACGCAUUACAAUAUGUGACUAAGAGCCCAUUCAUCGAUUUAUCCGAUAUUCCACUACAAAAGACAUUGCUACCCUCAGCUGAUGUUGAUGAUUACGCAAAGGUCACCAAUUGGUUUCUUAAUGUCCUGACGACUUCAUUGAGGCGAUGCAAGGAUCUUACGGUAUAUGAAGAAGCUUUUGUAUUCGAAAUUGCGCAGACAAUUACGAGCGUGUCGACUACAUGGGAAUCUACGAAGGCUCUAUCUUCUAGUUUUCUUGAUAAUGCCCGGUCUUGCUCUUCAUCAUAGCUAGUUUAGAGGAUUUGGCCAUACGAAUGUAAUAUCUCCUGUAUUUCUAUCACUAACC